GAGAGACGAUAGGACAAAAAGUGAUGAUGAUGAAUACAUUGGAAAGUUUUUUGGCCCUGACGAGGGUGUCAGAUUGAAUGGCCUGUGCGCAUGUGCGAAGGUGUCCAAACUGACAAUGCUUGUGAGAUGAAGAUAGUGUUGUUGCUGCUUCUGGGCUCAAGGAGGACGAGAGGAAUCUACAAGCCGACAAGAUGAGAUCCAAGGCGAGGGCGCGGAAACUGGCCAAAAACGACAGUGAGGCGGUAGAUAGCGUGUUUGCCACAGAGCCCAGCGUGCCCGGUGGAGGCGGAGGGGACAGUGCAGACGAGGAGACAGAAGAUGGCAUCAUGUCGCCCAUCCCCGCGGGCCCCCCCUCGCCGCACCCCAACGACGAGGACUUCACGCCCAAAGAGGGCUCACCCUACGAGGUGCCCGUCUACAUUCCAGACGACAUUCCCAUCCCUGCCAACCUGGAGCUGCGCGAGUCCUCCAUGCCCGGCGCCGGACUGGGCAUCUGGGCCAGGUGCCACAUUGGGAUGGGCGAGCGCUUCGGACCCUACAGCACCUCCACCUGCGCCAGCCUCAAAGAGACCACUUACGGAUGGGAGCAGAUGCUGAAUGAUCAUGACGUUUCGUCCCAAGAUGGCUGCAUCAAAAAGGUGGUGGAUGAGAUGGGUAAUAUGAAGUUCUGCAUGGACUCUGAGCUGGACGGCAGUGGGAGCUGGCUCAAGUACGUCCGCACUGCCCUCUCCUACGAGGACCAGAAUCUCACAGUCUGUCAGCUCAAUGGAGACCAGAUCUAUUAUAAAGCCAUCAGAGACAUCGAGAUCGGGGAGGAGCUGCUGGUGUAUAUGAAGGACGGGAUUUUCCCGGAGGGUUCGAUGGCACCGAAUCUGGAAGACGAGCACCUGUACCGCUGUGAGGAGUGCGACGAGCUGUUCACCUCCAAGCUGGAGCUGCGGCGGCACCAGAAGUACCAGUGCGGCAGCGCAACGUCGCUGUUCGACACGCUCAGCGGCGAGGAGUUCAAGCAGGAGAAGGACGACAAUGACGAGCCCGUCCACGAGUGCAAGGACUGCGAGAAGGUCUUCCCCAGCGAGUACAGUCUGGGUCAGCAUAUGAUUGUGCAUACAGAGGAGAGGGAGUAUAAGUGUGACCAGUGCCCAAAGGCCUUCAACUGGAAGUCUAACCUCAUUCGGCACCAGAUGUCACACGACAGCGGCAAGCGCUUCGAAUGUGAAAACUGUGAUAAGGUGUUCACAGACCCCAGUAACCUGCAGCGCCACAUCCGCUCGCAGCACGUGGGCGCGCGUGCCCACACGUGCCCUGAGUGUGGCAAGACCUUCGCCACGUCGUCGGGCCUCAAGCAGCACAAGCACAUUCACAGCAGUGUCAAGCCGUUCAUCUGUGAAGUGUGUCACAAGUCCUACACGCAGUUCUCCAACCUGUGCCGGCACAAGCGCAUGCACGCCGACUGCCGCACGCAGAUCAAGUGCAAGGACUGCGGCCAGAUGUUCAGCACCACCUCCUCGCUCAACAAGCACCGGCGAUUCUGCGAGGGCAAGAACCACUACGCCCCCGGGGGCAUGUUCUCCCCCGGCAUCCCCCUCAGCUCCAGCCCCAUCAUGGCCAAGGCCAAGGGCCACCCGGGCCUCAACCACGCCGGCCUGGGCUUCGGGGACUACUUCCCCUCGCGCUCGCACCACGGCGGGCUGUCGUUCUCGCCGACGUCCUUCCCCGGGCUGCCGCACGGCUUCCCGGGCCUCUUCCCCCACUCGCUAUACCCCCGGCCUCCGCUGCUGCCCCCGAGCUCGCUGCUCAAGAGCCCCAUGGGCGGGCAGCAGGACGGCAAGCUGCCCCACAGCCCGCUGGACGGCCCGCCGCUCUCGCUGGUCACCUCCCUGAGCAACAGCGCCUCCGGCAACGGCGCCAGCAACAACGGCGGUCAGAUGGACGGAGAGCGGGGCGAGGGCAAGAGCGAGUUGGCGUACGGCAGUGAGGCGGGCAAGGCCAAGGGCAAGCUGAGCGACGGCUCGGACGCCAGCGACCUGGAGGACGUCAACACCACCAGCGGCACGGACCUGGACACCACCACGGGCGAGAACACGGCAUCGGGCUCCGAGCUGGACAGCGACGCGGAGGAGAGCGAACGCGAGCGCGAGAAGAGGGAGCGACGCAAGCAGCAGCGCCACCAGCAGCAGAGAGAGCAGCGAGAGCAGCAGGAGGCCGAGCAGAGGGCCGCCGCCGCCGCGGGAGCAGGAGGGGUCAACAAGCAGGACGGCCUCAGCUCGUUGGGCAUGUCCAGCUCCGCUCCCUGCCAAGACCGGCCCUUCCUGGGCGGCCACCAGCACUCCUUCUUCCCCCCUCCAGACGAGCAGGCGCUGCCCCCGAGCGCCUCGGCCGCCGGCGCCUCCACCGACUCCAUCAAAGCCAUCGCGUCCAUCGCCGAGAAGUACUUUGGGCCGGGCCUGAUGGGCCUGCAGGAGAAGAAGAUGGCGUCCCUGCCCUACCACUCCAUGUU